AUGCUCAGAGACAGACUGAGUUCGCUGCAAAAGUGUUCUCAGCGAUGGGGAUCCAAGAAAUACAUGAGGACCCGUUCCAGUCCCGCUGCUGUCUACGUCGACGCUGACGGCAGUUCCGAUUCGCUUCGCGUUCUGAAGCGAGUCGACGUCAUUCGAGACGACAUGCAACUCAUCGAGAACGACCUUCCAGACGUGCGCGAAUCUCUGCGCAAGUUGCUCGCCGCGGUCAACGAAGGAGACCGACAGAACGUGCAGCGACGUCUCAGCAAACUGUGUGAGAGUGCAAAGAGAGCUGAGCUCUUGCUCUGUUCGAUGAGCUUGUUUUGCGAACAAGACAGACCAGACGGAACGCUGACGAGAAUAGUGAAGACCCAGGGUAUGAAAAUUGGAUGCCACUUGAUGAAAAUAAUUGAUGAGCUGAGGCAGUGUCAUGAGGAGCUGGCCACCGUGCUGAGAAAACAACUGGGCAUAUCGAAUUCGCUUGGGAUUGUGGCAGACUGCGCCGUUCGUCCUCACAAGAGUAAAAGAAGUCGCAAGUCGAAUCUUUGUCGACAGUCGUUCAGUUGUCCGAGCUUGCCCUCGAAGGUGGAACAAGAUGACCACUGCAGUCCACAGGCAUUUGAGCUGGCAACGAUAGAAAAGCAGCUCACAAAGUUGCUCAAACUGUCUGCAACGGUUGCAGAUCUGGUGUCUGAUCAGAACGACUUGUUUGAUAAUAUUGAGCAUCAGGUGACAGCACAGAGGGAUCCUAGAUCUCAAAUGUCGUGUGGGACUGGACACUCGUUGGUGGACGGUAUCGAGCUUGAAAGUGUAGAUCCCAUCUACUUGAGCUAUACAACGUAAUUUGAGUACAACCAAAGAGUGGCAAAGAUUUUUUACUUGUUGACAAUAGGUACAUGUUGUGUUUCUACCGCAGCUCUAGUACAACCUUUUAUUGAUUACUUUUAGGUUAGAGCACCUAGAUAGCUAACAGAAUGAAUUAUUAACUGUAUGAAUUCAACUAUAGAAAAGAGUAAGUUAUUCCUACAUUGCAAAAUCUCAAACCCUUGUAGAAAACUAAUUGUGAGAACAUUUCCUUAUCUAAAUAGACAGU